UUCCCCUCUCUUCCUACCGCCACACCCUCCGAGCGGGCCGGGCUUCUCUGUGGGCCGGGCGUGGAGGAGGCGAGACCGAGGGAGGUCCGGGAAGCGCCCGCACUGAGGCACAGAGCCGUGGCCGAGGCGCAGCGCACGGACUCCGGGCGCCAUGAGAAUCGCGGACAAGGAGAAGGACGGUGCCGGUGCCGGUGCCGGAGCCGGAGCCGGAGCCGGAGCCGGAGGACAGGCAGGCGCCAAGAACGGCUCCACUAACCAGAACUGGAUUCCGAAGAUAUUUCAGAAGAGAGCUUGCACAAACUUUAUAGAAGACACUUCCAGCAAUGGCGCCCUCUGCCAGUGUGGAGGCACCAGGCAGAGUCACGCGUCAGUGGCGACGGAGGACCACUUUGGCGCUGCCAUCGUCAGCAAGUGGGACUCUGCCCAGCACACCACGGAGCUCCCCACGGACGCGUUCGGAGACGUGGAGUUCGCCGGGAAGAGUAAGAGGCUGAGCCAUUUCCUGCGGCUGUCCUGUAACACUGACCCCCAGAGUGUGUACAGGCUCAUGACCUCGCACUGGGCCAUCCCGGUUCCCAACCUGGUGGUGUCCGUGUGCGGAGGGGGAGGCAAGCUGAAGAUGAAGUCCUGGGUGAGAGAGGUGCUGAGGCAGGGGCUGGUCAAGGCGGCCCAGGGCACUGGGGCCUGGAUCCUGACUGGUGGUCUCUGCGAGGGGAUUGGGCGCUACGUGGGUGAGGCAGUACGAGAUCACGCCACUGCCAGUACGCAGUCCAACACCAAGGUCAUUGCAGUGGGCAUUGCAUCCUGGGGCAUCGUCCACAACAGAGAGCAGCUGGUCAACCCGCAGGGCUCCUUUCCUGCGAGAUACUAUGUCCAGAACACGUCUUGCGACACCUUCUGUCUGGACAAUAACUAUCAGGCCUUCCUCCUUGUGGACGAUGGGUCUGUGGGACGCAGUGGUGGGGAGACUGGCUUCAGAGCACGCCUGGAGAACUACAUCUCCCACCAGAGGACGGGCAUCUGGGGCAGCGGCAAUAUAGAGAUACCAGUGCUGUGCAUGCUGGUGGCUGGAGAUGAGGCAAUGCUGGAGAGGGUGGAUCGCUCCCUGCAGGACUCGACGCCCUGGCUGGUGCUGGCAGGGACGGGGGGCAUGGCCGACUUCCUGUGUGAGGUGCUGCAGGAGUUCUCAUCCAUCGAGCAGGACGAGCUGGCCGAGUUUCUGCAGGAGCUGCUGAAGAAACACUUUCCUCACAGCACUGAGAAACUGGCGCUGCUCACCGAGAGGGUCAUCCGGAUCAUGCAGAGCAGAGAGCUGCUGAACGUCUACGACGCGGAGCAGGACGGCUCGGAGGACUUCGACACCGUCAUCCUGAAGGCCCUGGUCAGGGCCUGCAAGCGCCAGUCCAGUGACUCCAGCGAGUACAUCGAGGAGCUCAAGCUGGCGGUGGCCUGGAACAGGGUGGACAUCGCCAAGAGCGAGCUCUUCAACGGGGACGUAGUCUGGAAGUACGCAGACCUGGAGGACUCCAUGACCGACGCGCUCGUGAACAACAAGCCGGAGUUCGUCCGCCUCUUCACGGAGAACGGCCUCAAUAUCCUGGACUACCUGACCUACGGCCGGCUGGAGCAGCUGUACUGCGCUCUGCCGGUCAACUCCCUGGCCCACCAGCUGCUGGACCGCCGGCGGCACGAGCGCCGGGGCAGCUCCCUGCACAGCCUGGACACGCCUGCCGCGCCCGGGCCCGCCCCCGCCGAGCCCGCGGCCGCCCCCGCCCGGGAGCUCACGCUGUUCGAGGUGUCCCGGGUGCUGCGGGACCUCCUGGGGGACGCCUGCGAGCCCUUCUACAGCAAGUGCCUGGGGCUCAGCAGGAGCUCCGGCAGCCGCAAGUCCCUGAAGCGCAUGAACAAGCUCCUGCUGGGUGACUGUUCCUACCGCCAGGACCGCUGCGCCUCCCCCUGGAUCGACCUGUUUAUCUGGGCGGUGCUGCAGGACCGCAGCAAGAUGGCCACCUUCUUCUGGGAGAUGGCGGGCGACUCGGUGACAUCUGCUCUGGCGGCCAGCAAGAUGUUGCGGGAGCUCUCUCGCUUGCAGUACGACACCGAGAGCAAGCUGAGCAUGAAGGAUCUGGCAAACCGCUUUGAGAAUCUGGCUCAUGAUGUGUUCAGCGAGUGCUAUAAGAACGACGAGAUGCGCUGCUUCCUCCUGCUGAUCCGCAGGUCUCCGUUCUGGGGAAAAGCCACGUGUCUUCAGCUGGCCACGGUUGCUGAUGCCCGGCUCUUUUUCAGCCAUGAUGGAGUGCAGGCCUUACUGACACGGAUAUGGUGGGGAGAUAUGGACAGCAGCACUGAGGUGUGGAAGUUAAUCGCCACAUUCUUCUGCCCUCCACUGGUGUACACCUCUCUCAUCAAGUACAGGGAGGUAGAGGAGGAGGUGAAGAAUGAAGAGCCGCAGGCCAAGGAGUUGGACAGUUGUGAUGGAGACACCAUCUUCUCCAUGAAAGACAUUACGAAAAAUCCAGAAGAAAUGGAGGAACUUGAGUCUCUCAAGGAGAAACCUAGAGACCGCCCGGCUCACAGCCCGGGGAAGCCCCGCCCCUACGUGGUGGCCCGCUGGCGCCAGUUCUGGUUUGCGCCUGUCACUUCCUUCCUGGGAAACGUGCUGAUGUACUUCCUGUUCCUGCUGCUGUUCGCAUCGGUCCUGCUGGUUGACUUCAAGCAGCCCCCCCCAGACGGGCCCUCCCCCAAGGAGCUGUUCCUGUACUUCUGGGUGUUUACCCUAGUCUGUGAAGAGAUACGACAGACCUUCUUCAUCGGCAAUCUGUCAGUGCUCAAGAGGAUGAAGGUGUACAUCCAGGACAUGUGGAACAAGUGUGACCUGACAGCUAUUGUGCUCUUCAUCAUAGGACUGUGCUGCAGGAUGUUCUUGCCUACAUUUGAGUUUGGACGUGCUGUCCUCUGCCUGGACUUCAUGGUCUUUGCACUGCGGCUCCUUCACAUCUUUGCCGUUAACAAGCAGUUGGGGCCCAAGAUCAUCAUAGUGGGCAAAAUGAUGAAGGACAUUUUCUUCUUCCUCUUCUUCCUGGGGGUGUGGCUGAUGGCGUACGGUGUAGCCAAUCAGGCGCUGCUCUACCCGUACGAGCCGCGAGCGGAGUGGAUCAUGCGGAGGGUCUUUUACCGGCCCUACCUGCACAUCUUUGGACAGAUCCCGCUGGAGGACAUAGACGCCGCUAAGAUGUCUGGGGAAGGAAACUGCUCUUACGAUGCGGAGGAGAUUCAUAUGGGCAUGGAGCCAUGCACCAAUACCUAUGCCAACUGGCUCGUCAUCAUCCUGCUUGUGGUGUACCUGCUGGUCACCAACAUACUGCUGCUGAAUCUGCUGAUCGCUAUGUUCAGUUACACAUUCUCCAAAGUCCAGGGCAAUAGUGACAUCUACUGGAAGUUUCAGCGCUACAACCUGAUUGUGGAGUAUCACAAUCGGCCAGCUCUGGCCCCGCCCUUCAUCCUCCUCUCACACAUAAACCUCUUAAUCAAGAGGAACAUUCGCAAAGUGCCCUCUGUCAAGAUACAGCAUUUCAUGUUGGAUCUAAGCAAACAGAAGGACAAUCGUCUCUUGACCUGGGAAGCAAUUCAGAAGGAAAACUUCCUGGCACAGCAGAACAAAUGCAAAAGGGAAAGCGACUCGGAGCGACUCAAACGCACCUCUAACAAGGUGGACAAUGUGCUGAAACACAUGGCGGAGAUUCGGGAUCAUGAUCGCAGACUGAAAGUGCUGGAGUCGGAAAUGGAGUACUGCUCUAGUGCCCUCUCCUGGAUGGUUGAAGCACUCUCUCAGAGUAAUGUCAUUAAAGCUACCCGUCCCCCACCCACCCAUAAAGAUCCCACCACCCCUUUGUAGGACGUUUGUAUCCAGUUCAUCAUGUGUCUCUUACAACACUCAUCUCCUGUGGAAUGCUGGCGGACCGUUUUCUCAGGGAGAAAUGGAUUCUUUUGACGGUCAUGGAUGACCAUCUUUAAUUGCAUUUUAAUUACUGUCACUCGUUUUAGAUUCUAAAAUGUCUGUAGGUUCAGAAAAGUAAAAGUAUCUGAUUUUAUUCCAAAGACUCAUUUGAGCAGCAGUUUAAAAUCUGUUGAAAUGGUUAAGUUAUUGACUGCAGGGCUGGACAUGUUCACUACAUGUGAUACUGCAUUUUCCUCCAUUAUCUAGCAAGAGCCUUUUAUGUGUCUGUGAAAUUCACAGGCGUGAAGGGGGAGUUCUCGUAUAUAACAGUUGUUCCUGGAUGCAUUAGGCAUUACUGCUCAGGCUGUAGAGUUGCAUGGAGAGACUCUGAGGCCCAGUUGCUCAGAUCAAGACUUGAAUAAACAUGUUCUAAAUAUCCUGAA